AUGCAAAAUGAUAAGCUCUUUAUCACGCAGCCCCAUCUUGGAUUGCGUGAGGCCCCAAAUCGAGGCUGGACGGGCACAAGGUAUAGGGUUGUGUUACAUUAAAGUGUUUUGAGUGAAGAUUUCAAGCAAGCAUGACCCAUUAUCAUUGCUGCGUUCAUUUCUGUAGUAACGACAAACGAAAUAAAAUUGGUGAGAAUUUAUCUUUCUUUAACUUUCCUUCGAAUGAUUUAUUGAGAUCGAAAUGGAUUGCCGCUACCAGGCGAGAUGAAGACACGUAGAUCAGACGAGAACAUGUCGCCAAGCUUAAGACGAGGAAAAUUGUGAGUUGUAUGAUCAAUUGCUCAUUAUCAGAAUAAUUAAAUGUGCAAAACCAGUUGAAUGGUCAGUGUUCGUCUUAUCCCUAAUAAUUUUAUAGACCAACUACGUUCUAUUUUCAUUUGCCAAACUUAAUUUUGUGGCACAUGAGUGUAAGGUAGAAUUUUUCCCCAAAAUCACUCUUUUUCUGCCCUUUUUUUUACCUAAAAAUAUGACAGAGGCACUCCUGAAAAUAUUGUCAGUAUAGAAACUAUGUUUAAGUCAGAUUGCUUGCUAUUUUAUGGUAAUCUUUACCUUAGGUUGCCUGUACCUGACUAUUUAUGUACAGUACCCAGCUUCAGAGUAACAGUGUGGAACUAAAUUAACCCUUUACAUCCUAAGAUCACAAUGUAUAUUCUCCAUACUGUUCUCAAAAUAUUUCCUGAGGUGCUGAUAAGGAGAAAUUGUUUUGCAAUCAAGAGCUCAUUUAGUUGGUGAUUAUUUCCUUGAUUCUCAUGACAUUAUUCUGUAAUUCAGGGGAGAUAUUGUAAAGAGAAAUUAGAUGCUACUCACUCUUAUGGGUGAACAGUUUCAGUACAAUGCUUCCAUCUUUUAGAUGGGGAUGAGGGAGGUAGCCUGGAAGCAAUGUGAGUCUAUUGAGUUGUAAAUGGAAGUUUUUAGUUUAUGUUGUUUCUUUCCAUGUUUUAACUUUGUGAAGGCUGUUGGAGUUUGUUUCCUAUCCCGCUGUUUUGGUUUUUUGUUUCUUGAGAAGCUUCAGAGUGAGUUUGUAAUAACAUUUCAAAUUCAAGAUGUUCAAAGAGCAAAGAGACCCUAUUCAUUCAUAGAAUUUGGUGAGCAAUAUUCAUUAAUCGAUAAGAAGUUUGUGAGAUGCCAUCCACAACAAACAACAUGUGAUUUGUUGGAAUUAUUACGAUAG